GGAAGUGAGGCCGACAGACGGAAGGGCGGGCAGGGGCGGAGAGUUCUGGGGCACAGCAGAAGGAGUUUUCUGGGGUUUGGGGGCUGAAAGGCCAUGGGCUUUGGGGUCGGAGGCUGUUGCUAGGCUGGCAAGACCGGUCUGGGCAACAUGCAUGCCCAGAGGCAGCUGGCUGUGGCUGCAGUGAGAGCAGAAGUCAGGCGACACGCGGUGGCCAAGCAGGCUCUAAGCCGCCUCAGGAAACUGGCAGAGAGAGUGGGUGACACCGAACUUCGGGACAGCAUCCAGGCCUCACUAGACAGCAUACAAGAGGCUGUGGUCAAUAGCCAGGAGUGGACGCUGAGCCGCUCCAUUCCUGAACUGCGCCUGGGUGUGCUGGGUGAUGCCAGGAGUGGGAAGUCAUCGCUCAUCCACCGAUUCCUGACCGGGUCAUACCAGGUGCUGGAGAAGACAGAGAGUGAACAGUACAAGAAAGAGAUGUUGGUGGACGGGCAGACCCAUCUGGUGCUGAUCCGAGAGGAGGCUGGGGCACCUGAUGCCAAGUUCUCAGGCUGGGCAGAUGCUGUGAUCUUCGUCUUCAGCCUGGAGGAUGAGAACAGUUUCCAGGCUGUGAGCCGUCUCCAUGGGCAGCUAAGCUCCCUUCGCGGGGAGGGACGAGGAGGCCUGGCCCUGGCACUGGUGGGGACACAAGAUAGGAUCAGUGCUUCCUCCCCUCGUGUGGUGGGUGACGCUCGUGCCAGGGCUCUGUGUGCAGACAUGAAACGCUGCAGCUACUACGAGACUUGCGCGACCUAUGGGCUCAAUGUGGACCGGGUCUUCCAGGAGGUGGCCCAGAAGGUAGUGACCUUGCGCAAACAGCAACAGCUGCUGGCUGCCUGCAAGUCUCUGCCCAGCUCCCCAAGCCAUUCAGCUGCUUCUACCCCUGUAGCUGGACAGGCUAGUAAUGGGGGCCACACCAGCGACUACUCAUCUUCUCUCCCAUCCUCACCCAAUGUUGGUCACCGGGAGCUCCGGGCUGAGGCAGUCACGGUGGCUGGAUUGAGCACGCCAGGGUCCCUACACCGGGCAGCCAAGCGCAGGACCAGCCUUUUUGCGAACCGUCGAGGUAGUGACUCUGAGAAGCGGAGUUUGGACAGUCGGGGAGAGACGACAGGGAGUGGGCGAGCCAUCCCCAUCAAACAGAGCUUCCUCCUAAAGCGAAGUGGCAAUUCCUUGAACAAAGAAUGGAAGAAGAAAUAUGUGACUCUGUCAAGUAAUGGCUUCCUACUCUACCACCCCAGCAUUAAUGAUUACAUCCACAGCACCCACGGCAAGGAGAUGGACUUGCUCCGCACAACAGUCAAAGUCCCAGGCAAGCGGCCCCCACGGGCCAUCUCUGCCUUUGGGCCCUCAGCCAGCAUCAACGGGCUGGUCAAAGACAUGAGCACUGUCCAGAUGGGUGAGGGUCCUGAAGCCACUACUCCCAUGCCAAGCCCCAGCCCCAGCCCCAGCUCCCUACAGCCACCACCAGAGCAGACGUCCAAGCACCUGCUGAAGCCAGACCGGAAUCUGGCCCGAGCCCUCAGCACUGAUUGUACCCCAUCUGGAGACCUGAGCCCCCUGAGUCGGGAACCCCCUCCUUCUCCCAUGGUGAAGAAGCAAAGGAGGAAAAAGUUGACGACACCAUCCAAGACUGAAGGCUCGGCUGGGCAGGCUGAAGAGGAAAACUUCGAGUUCCUGAUUGUGUCCAGUACCGGUCAGACGUGGCACUUUGAGGCCGCCAGUUUUGAGGAGCGGGAUGCCUGGGUGCAGGCCAUCGAGAGCCAGAUCCUGGCCAGUCUGCAGUGCUGUGAGAGCAGCAAGGUCAAGCUGCGCACGGACAGCCAAAGCGAAGCGGUGGCCAUCCAAGCGAUCCGGAAUGCCAAAGGGAACUCUGCCUGUGUGGACUGCGGAGCCCCCAAUCCCACGUGGGCCAGCUUGAACCUGGGCGCCCUCAUCUGCAUAGAGUGUUCUGGCAUCCACCGGAACCUGGGCACACACCUGUCCCGAGUUCGGUCGCUGGACUUGGACGACUGGCCUCGGGAGCUGACCCUGGUGCUGACGGCCAUUGGCAACGAUACAGCCAACAGCGUGUGGGAGAGCGACACGCGGGGCCGUGCCAAGCCCACGCGGGACUCUUCGCGGGAAGAGCGCGAGUCGUGGAUUCGCGCCAAGUACGAGCAGCUGCUGUUCCUGGCGCCGCUGGGCACUACCGAGGAGCCGCUGGGCCGCCAGCUGUGGGCUGCCGUGCAGGCCCAGGACGUGGCCGCGGUUCUCCUCCUCCUGGCUCAUGCGCGACACGGACCGCUCGACACCAGCGUAGAGGACCCACAGCUCCGCUCCCCACUUCACCUGGCGGCCGAGCUCGCCCACGUGGUCAUCACGCAGCUGCUGUUGUGGGUACGGAGCCUGGAAACGGAGUUGGAAAGCUUGGGACACGUCGUGCGGGUAGGGGGCGGGCGGGGGGCGCGUGGUCACGCGGCCGUUUCCGCCCUCCAGAACGGCGCGGAGGGUGGCAGCGCGGCCACCACGCCCAGCGCGGCCACCACCCCCAGCAUUACCGCCACGCCCAGCCCCCGCCGCCGGAGCAGCGCCGCCAGCGUGGGCCGCGCCGACGCCCCCGUCGCGCUGGUAUAGUUGCCCAGCGGGAGAGACACCCCCACCCCCACGCGGGCCGGGCACGACCACACCGGGUGGACCGCUGGACUGAUGCACCCACUCACCUCUCAAUACGCACCCCGCCCCACGGGAGCACUUCCUACCCCCACGAGGGCACAGUCCCCACGCCUCCCAGAAGACACAAACUCACCUCCCUCUCCCCAACGAGGCAUGGAGACCCCAGCUCAACACGCCCCCUCUCCUCUGUUUCCACGCUCGGAUUGCUCGGGGUCUGCCCGCUCGGUGUUUGCAGCUCGGCACUGCCCCGCCGCGGUUGCUGCCCCUGGGCGCUUGGAUUUGCCGGCUCGCGCCCCCUAGGGGCGGGAAAGAGACCCAGCCCUGCCUGCACUCAGUCCCGCGGCGGGAGCCUAAACCCAGGCUGGCUCCUGGGGCAACGCCACGCCAGAGGGAGGGGUUAGUACGAGAGAGGGCUAGCCCUAGGAUUUGGGGCCAAUACCGGGACCCCACCCCUUCCUUGCUGAUCUCACUGCCCAGUGAAGGGGAAAAGGGCAGCGAGGGGCAGGACCCCUGCUGUCCAUGGGGAAGAGGGGUCCCCAACCCUUUCCGUGAAAGGGACCAUGAGGAAUGGAAAUCAGGAUGUCCCCCCCACACACCUACCCAUGGAUGGAAGCUGAAAGACCACAGAGAGGGUGGAGAGCCUGGGUCCCCCUCCACACUAUCUUGGGAAAGAGAAAGGAUGGAGUAGGAGCGGGCCAAGGGGACUGGGAGGGGCCUUGUAAUUUAUUGCUUUGUUCCCCAACUUGGGGGUGGGGGCGGGCAGGGGCGUGGG